UGCUCCACAGACGCGUCUGUGAAGCGGAGGAACUUCCACCGACCGCCAGUUAUUUGCGCAAGCAUUUAACUCAGAUGAUGUCUCUUCUUUUUCUUAGUUUCUGAUUGUUUGCCAGUAUCCUUUAUAAGUUCCUUUAAGACUUUCUGUUCUGUGUGAACCGAUUUUAGCGGAUCAGCCCUCGCCUUCUUGCUUGGAUCGAAAGGAGCGGAGCCACGAGUACGGAACGCCGAGUAUUGUGGGAUCCUCUCUCGCCGUGUGCUCACCUCCUCCUGCUGGAGCUGGAGAGAUGCCUGGGGGAGGAUGUGCUCCAGCCGCAAGAUCCUCUGGAGCCUGCUCUUUCUCUCCUUGGUGGAAGUGGGCCUGGGUGUGGCGAGCAUCGUCCUGGGAGCGGUGGGCAUCAGCAGGGUGCGCGGGGACCACCCGCCACAGCAGGGCGACGCUUCUCCGGUGUGGAGUGGACUAUGUUUUCUACUCUGUGGGAUGUGUGGAGUGCUGUGUGCUCGGAAGAGGACAGGUCUUAUUAUGAUCCUUUUCUCAGCAUGCUGCAUCUGCGGCCUGAUUGCCGGAAUUCUCAACUUCCAGUUUGUUCGGGCGCUGAACAAACGGCCAAACUCAAUGCAAUCGAUCCACCUGGCCGCCAUGACCCUGGCCUGCCUGGGGAUCUCAACCUGUACCAUGUCCACAUGGCUUACCUGUCGACUGGCCAGCUCUGAGCAGCAGAGGAUGUUCAUGGAGAGGGAGCACUCACUGCACCAUUCACAUGAGAUGACAGAGAAGGAGGUCCUUGACAACUCUAGUAAUGGCAUUCCUCAGGUCUCCUACAAUGGACACACUUCAGCAUCACCUUAACAAUUUCACACACACCAAAUAAAAGAUGGUUAUUGAAAUAUUAUGUGUGAGACAGAAGGUUCACCUUGUGGCUCGCGCAACAUACCCCGUUGUCCUGUCCUGAAAGCACAAAGUGGACCAGGAAUCUCUCCCUGGAAAGGUGUACUGUUGUCAGAGGGAGAAGGGCAGCGUUAGGACAGCUUUUGUGGUUCUGAAUUAUUAUGUAAGCACAGGUUAAGAAAUCCUCACCUCGAACCAAAGAAAGGAUGAUGAACUGUUGUUUGGAUGACAGCUCAGGUAAACAUCCUUGUGACCUCUCCUGGUGUCGCUGAGCAGGAAGGGUGAAUUUUUACCUUGAAGCAAUGAGCACCAAGUUAGCAUGCAGCUGAUCUAUAUGUAACAAAGAGCUAUUGCUAUUUCAGUCUCACUGUCUUAAUUCAAUCUCUCUGUCUAGUAAUCAGCAUAAUGAAUGCAGUCUGAUAGCCAACAGUAAACUGUAUGUAUUGUCUGAUGAUGGAAUGCAUUGACAUGAUAACAAGGUGAUGAGCAACUGUACUGUGCUAUAUUACAAGGCUUGUAUAUCAGGUAUCUAUAAAUCGUUAUUUUUAUAAUGAUUCUUAUAAAGUUAAAUAAAAAUAAAAUAUGGUUAAUCUACAA